CGCUCAUCUGUCGGUUGGCCUUCGGCCAAAAUCGCCACCAGCUCCAGCUCAGGAAGCACAAACACCCUCUUAUCGCCGGAAGUUACCCGCUCUCACCGCCGAGGCACUUCAGCGCCUUCAAAGCUGUUCUUCUCCAGCAGCUCCUCCAGCAGCUCCUUCAGCCUUUGACGACGAGACAUUGCGAUAACUGAGAAUGACUUCUAUCGGAACAGGUUAUGAUUUAUCAAAUAGUGUGUUUUCUCCUGAUGGAAGAAACUUCCAGGUCGAAUACGCUGGCAAGGCUGUUGAAAACGCUGGCACUUCGGUGGGUAUAAAGUGCAAAGAUGGCGUUGUCUUUGCCUUUGAAAAAAUAAUAAGCUCGAAAUUGCUAGUUCCUGGCAAAAACAAGAAGAUUCUUUCAAUAGACAAACAUGUUGGCCUAAUUGCUUCGGGCUUGAUUCCUGAUUCACGUCACUUGGCUAAUAGAGCGAGACAAGAAUCAAAAAAUUACAGGUCCUUCUACAAAUCUCCAAUCCCAAUUCCCUACUUGGUUGACAGAAUUGGCAAUUACGUUCAGGCACACACCUGUUACAAUUCUGUCAGACCCUUUGGUAUCAUGUCAAUUAUAGGUGGUGUCGAUGAGGAUGGCCCUCAUCUUUAUAUGAUUGAACCAUCUGGUGUUUACUGGGGUUAUUUGGGCGCUGCUGCCGGCAAGGGCAGACAGAUUGCAAAGUCUGAAUUGGAAAAGUUGGAUUUACCAAACAUCUCUUGUAGAGAUGCUCUCAAAGAGGCUGCAAGAAUUAUAUAUUUAGCUCAUGAAGACCAAAAGGACAAAGAGUUCGAAUUAGAAAUGAGUUGGAUCAGCUUAACUGAAACAAACGGCCGCCAUCAAUUCGUUCCAGAAGAUUUAUUAAAACAAGCAAAGCUUUUAGCUGAAGAAAGUGACGAGGAAGAAGAAGAAGAUGAAGAUGAAGAAAUGCAAGAGAACUGAAAUUGUUUUUUUUUUUUGAAAAUCACAUUCUAGACUUUUAAUUAAAUUAAAUUAAAUUAAAUUAGAUUAAUAAAUCAAUAUUUUCAUUAAUAACUUUCUUUUGAUUUUUUGGUUGUUUUUUUCCAUUUGGCAUUUUUCUUGUUUAUUUUUUAGAUCGUAUAUUUGCUCUUAAUUGAAUUUUCAGGUUCCAAUAGCUCCAGUAUUAUAUUUUUCUAUCUAUUAUUCUAAUACACAAAACCCAAUAACAAUUUUGUGAUUUUGUAAUUUUAUAAACCCCUUAACGAAUUGAU